AAAACUAAGUAUAUAUAAAAUACAUAGAUUACUACAGGUAGAUUAUUUAUUUUUGUGGAAUGAGAUAACACGUUUAGUAAGUCGCAGACACUUCAUAGGGACAGUCAUGUCAACAAAAGUCGCGGUGGUGACUGGAUCUAACAAAGGCAUUGGCCUUAGCAUUGUCAAAGGUCUCUGCAAGCGAUUCGAUGGAGUUGUUUAUUUAACAUCAAGAGACGAGAGCCGAGGAAAAGCUGCAGUUGAAAAUUUAAACGCAGAAGGGCUAUUCCCUGAAUUUCACCUUCUCGACAUAGCAGACAGAAAAAGUGUUGAACGGUUUAGAGAUCAUAUAAAAGAAAAGUAUGAUGGAAUUGAUAUUUUGAUAAACAACGCUGGUGUUUCUGGUGGCUUCAUUUCUACACAUUAUGAUGAGUGCAAGUCAAUAAUAAAUAUUAACUUUAAUAGCAUUUUAAUAUUAGAAGAACUAAUUUUUCCAUUAGUAAGAGAUAAUGGCCGAAUCCUUAAUAUUUCCAGUGAUUGUGGCCAUCUUUCAAACAUCAGGAAUCAGUAUUGGAUUGAAAAGCUAUCCAAUAUAGAUUUAAACAUGGAUGAUAUUGUACAGUUUGUUGAUUGGUUUCUUCAAAGUGUUAAGGACAACACGUUUAACAAAGAAGACCUCGCAGACGGCGCGACAGCGGCAGCGUACAGAGUAGCGAAAGUGGCGCUGAGUGCCGCCACCAUCGUACAGCAAAGGGAGCUCGAUAAAAGGAACAUUUCUAUAAACUCAAUGCAUCCCGGAUUGGUUCGAACGGAUAUGACCACCGGCAUUGGAUUCUACAGUGCUGACGACGCAGCCAAAACUCCUAUUUAUCUAGUGCUCGAUGCUCCUGCAAGUCUCAAAGGUGCUUACAUCUGGCACGACGGAAAAGUGGUGGAUUGGUACGAUUAUAAAUCAGAUUAUUAUUUCAAGAUAUCAACGGUUUUAGAUCAGGUACCGAAUAAAGAUUAGUUGUUGAACUAUUAUAAGUAUUGCUGAAAUAAAACACCCAUUCAUCAUUUUUA